CGAAUAUGCAGUUCCUUUUGAGCUUUCUUUCUUAUAUUUUUACCAAGCAAUCCAAUAAUUAACAUUUUCUCUCUCUCUGCAAUGGAGUCAACGAAGAAGCAAGUCUCGUUAGAGGUACUUCCAUGGUUAGUUGUUCACAGCGACGGAACGUUAGGGAGACUAGCUGGAACCGAGGUUUGCCCUUCCGGUUUAGAUCCAGAAACCGGUGUAUUAUCCAAAGAUAUCAUCAUCGAACCAAAAACCGGUAUAUCCGCCCGAAUCUACAGACCCGACCCGAUUCAACCUGGAAACAAACUUCCUCUUGUGCUCUAUUUCCACGGCGGCGCAUUUCUCAUCUCUUCUGCCUCCUUUCCCAGUUACCACACCAGCCUUAACAAACUCGUUGCUCAGGCUAACGUCAUUGCCGUCUCUGUCAAUUACAGACUAGCACCAGAACAUCCACUCCCUACGGCGUACGAAGACGCAUGGAACGCGUUACAAGAGAUCCAAGCCAGCAACGAGCCAUGGAUCAACGACUACACCGACUUCAACCGUUUCUUCCUAGUCGGAGAUAGCGCCGGAGCAAACAUCUCGCACCACCUCGCGUUCCGAGCCAAACAAUCGAACCACACCGUGAAAAUCAAAGGCAUAGGAAUGAUCCACCCGUACUUCUGGGGAACACAACUGAUAGGAUCAGAGGCUAAUGACGAAGGGAGAAAACAAAUGGUUGACGGAUGGUGGGGGUUCGUGUGCCCGUCGGAGAAAGGAUGCGAUGACCCGUGGAUCAACCCGUUUGCUGACGGGUCACCGGAUCUUGAAGGGUUAGGGUGCGAAAGAGUGAUGGUUACGGUAGCUGAGAAAGAUAUAUUGAGAGAGAGAGGGAAAAUGUAUUACGAGAGGUUGGUGAAGAGCAAGUGGACAGGAGAAGCUGAGAUUAUGGAGACGAAAGGGAAAGAUCACGUGUUUCAUAUAUUCGAGCCUGAUUGUGAUGAAGCUAUUGAGAUGGUACGACGCUUGGCUUUGUUCAUUAACCAAGUUUGAAGUUUGAAGUUUGAAGUUUGAAUUUGUUUUUUCGCGCAUUUUUUUUCUCUAUUUGAUUUUAGAGUGUUUGUACAAUUUAUUGCUCUGUUAAUAAAUACCUUGUGCCAAAAUCAAGACCUUGAAAACCUUCUUCCUCCGCUAGAGUGUCCGGAAAUCUCUGAGAGAAUCAGAAUCUCUACUCUAAUUAAUUAAGCCACAUUACAUCAAAAGUUCUCAUUAGCUUCGAGUUUUGAGCACGGUUCCUAUAAUUUCUUAAUUUUGUUAUCCCAUACUUCAAACCAUACUUUCCGA